AUGAUUGGCAUAGUUUUGGUGACACUUUUGACAUUAUACAUAAUGGGAAUUGAAAUGGUUCUUGCAACAACUUGUCAUUUUUCCCGACCUGAUCGGAUAAGUCCAACCGGUUGGAUUGAUGUGAUCGAUGAAUGUAAGGGAAAAGCAAAGGAUGCGAUUUGUUUUUCAGGCUUGCGCAAAAAAUUGGCUUGUAAAAGUGAUCAAGAAAUACCAGCGGAAGGUUGCUAUCGUGAUAAAAAACACUACAGAAAAUUUUUCCUUUGUUGGUGCACCGGGUCAAAGUGCAAUACACGAGAGAAGAUAACAGAAAUUUACAAAAAAAUGAAUACAAUGUUUGUUGAAGGUGGUGAUUGUAAACCAUUUAAAUUAUGA